AUGGCCGCCGUCGCUGAGGAGGCUCCGCUGUGGAGCCUCUGGGAGGAGAUUUGCGCAGAAUUCGAAGCCCAACAGCCUGUUCAUCCAGAUCAUUUGGAAAAGAAAGAGGUACCUCCACCUGCCUUACAGGUUCCUGCAGACGUUGGGCCGCCGCCAGAUUUGAAAGGGGAUGACAGCAGAUCCGUGAUUACUGACGAAGUGCUCUCCCAGAAAACCCUGUCUCUUCUUUCUGAAUUGGUUCCUCCUGAACUUCCUGAUCUAAAAACAUGUAGUCCCAGAGAGUUCUUGGAAUGCUACAUUUUCCCAGUGCUUCUUCCUGGGAUGGUUGAACUUUUGCAUCAAGCUAAGAAAGAAAGAUGCUUUGAGAGGAAACAGACAAGAUUUAUCGCUCUGGAUUUCCUCACGGAGUGGUUAUACAACCACAACGCGAAGAGAAAAGACGAACCGUUUGUGGAGUUUUUCGAGAUCCCUUUCGUGAAGGAUUGGCUAAAGGACCAUCCUAGACCUCCCAUUCCUUUGUCUCUGCUGCUCAGCGAGAAAGAAGCCGGCUUCAUCAUCCAAACCUUCUGGAAAGGUUAUCGGGUCCGUUGCGAUUCUGAAGUCCAGGAAUUACGCCAGUGGCAAAAACAUUUGAGGGAGACAAAGAACAUUAACAAACGCGUACGGGAAUUCUGGGCCAAUCAAGAAAAGAAAGUGGGAACCAAACUGGAAGACUCUGAGGAGCCCAGUCCAAAUCGCUCAAAAACCAUAAUGGCGGAAAUGUCAAAGACACCUGAGGUCAAAGCAAAGAUGAAUACGGACCAGCUAAGCAGCUCCAAGCCUGCAGAGAAUUCGUCGCAGGGUGGCUCAGAGUGAUUGCUUCUAACAGAAUCACAAUCUGAU